ACACAAAUUUCGUCCUGAUAACAAUGGUUGAUGCUUUGUCCGUGAAGCGAGUGUUGUGACUGUAUGAUGCAUGUCAACCGUCGUUAUGGCUAUGGGUAUCACAGGCCGAGUGCUCAGUUUAGCAUCGAUAUCGGAGUCUGCAGUGGUUAGUUAGCCGACUAAGCUUAGCAGACAGAAACCAAGACAUCAAAGAGGCAACCCGCGAAUUAACCGCAAAGCCACGCCGGAUGAUGAAGCCCGUUCAACGGAGGCCGCCCAAAAGCAAGCGAAACGAAAGUCUGUGGCUAGGCCUCGCCGGAGCACGUGAGCCACCACAAAGGCCGGAGACAUUCGACACAAAGAAGAUACACAAAGCACAGAAGGCAAUAGAAACGAUAACGACGCGCAAAAAAAGUCAUGUCAGGGUCCAGGUGCACAGCUGCGCCACACGAGUCGAGCUGGAAGCGCUGAAGGGAAACAUGAUUCGACGGGAUGCAGGGAUGACGAUUCCUGGAAGGCUCCUUGUGUUCGGGCUGGGCACUGGCAAUCGGGUUAGGUGUAAUACGGAUUUGACGGUAUGGGUGCUAGUAGACACUACCGGAGCCAAGGAGCAGCAGCAACUUGGAUCGAUGGCCUGCCCCGUGGUUGCAUCUGCCGGUACCCAACUUGGCCCUAUCAAGCAUUGCAGGACAUGUACGAGUAAUCGUUGCUGCUGUAGAUACGAGUACACAUUCGUCGAUAGGUUGCGACCUGGCAUCAACCCAAAAGGCGGACAGGGCGAUUGCCCCGGUCAUCAGCAUCCAGACCCCUGGUUAGGACUGGAUGAGAUGAUGGCAGAAUUACUACGAAGACUGGGAUGAUGUGAUGUGAUGUGUUAGGCUCUCACUCUCACUCUCACUCAUCUGU